UUUUUUAUUUGUAUAAAAGGGAAGUGUUUGGGAAGUGACAGCAUUCCGAAUAGAUAAAUCUGACGUAAGCACAUCUUCAGUUAUUUACUUAAGGGUCGGAUAUAGUUGCCUUCUUGGUGCAGAAAUAAAUUAUUUAGGUAUUUCUUUAUUUGAUGGUGUGGCUAACUUUAUUUUUAUCAGGCCAAUAAAUCGUUUAUGUUUUUUUGAAAGUAAAUUAGCUGUGUGUGAUUCGUCCAUUUCUGUAAGAGUCGUCUUUUUAAGUCAAAAAUAGAUAUGGUUCCGCAUUUCCUUUAGUAAUGAAGCAAGAAGAUGGAUACUUAAGAAAAAUAAGAUUAUAGUAUAUUUUUAGCACAAUGAUGAGGCAGUUUUAUUGUAUCAACACAGACACUAUUGAAGAUAGUCAAACAUUAAUACAUCUGUAUUUGUAAAGUUACACGCUACAUAAUUGCAUACAAAUAUUGGAAUUCAUCCUCAAUUUUUCCUACAGACAAUUAAGAUGAGCCAAUGCAAAUAAUAUUAAAAUAAAUAAUCAUUUGUCAUCCUGAAAAUGCAUCACAACUGUAUCAACACCACAUUGCCAUUUUCGUAUAUAAAUGGUCAUUGCGGCUACGAACAUUAUCUACUUCUGCCGAAGAGCUCACAGAUACAGUGUAUUCAGAAAAUGUUGUCCAUUGCAACAAAGUUUAUAUUAACAGCUCUGUUCUUUAACAGAUGCUGGGCCAGCGAUGUCAAUCCUCGCUACGUACCGCAUUACCACGUCUAUCCGCCUUCUGGCUGGAUGAACGAUCCUAAUGGCUUCUGCAUAUUCGAAGAUGAAUAUCACUUGUUCUAUCAAUACAACCCUUACUCCAGCCAAGAACCUGGAGUAGCUCAUUGGGGACAUGUGAAGAGUCCUGACCUAAUCAAUUGGGAACAUCUUCCUACCGCAAUGACCCCAGAUCAACCGUACGACAUCAAUGGAGUAUUCUCAGGAAGUGCCAUCGUUGAAAAUGGAACAAUGUAUCUUCUCUAUACUGGUAACGUUAAUAAUCCAACCAACAAACAAGUGCAAGCUCUAGCUGAAAGCCAGGAUGGAAUAUCAGUGGUUAAAUAUCCUGGAAAUCCUGUAAUCGAAGGAGCAGAGUUUCAGCCAAACAUAAGAGACCCGAAAGUCUGGAAGCACGGAGAUCUUUUCUACAUGGUGCUGGGCAACUCUUUCGAUGAUAACACUCGCGGUCGAGUACUGCUAUAUUCAUCGCCGGAUUUAAUAUCCUGGACACUGGAGUCAGUUUUAGAUGAGUCUGAUGGCUCUGUUGGUCAUGUUUGGGAGUGCCCUGAUUUCUUCGAGUUGGAUGGAAAAUACGUACUACUAUUUUCUCCACAAGGUAUGCAAGCCAUUGGUGAUAAAUACAAAAACUUUUUCCAGACUGGAUACGUAGUGGGCAACUUUGAUUAUGAAACGAAAUUGUUUACACCUAUAACCGAAUUUAGAGAAUUAGACCACGGACAUGAUUUUUACGCUACCCAAACCAUUUUGGACGGUUCAGGACGUAGGGUUUUUGUUGCUUGGUUUGACAUGUGGGAGUCGGUACACCCUGAGCGCAAUGACGGUUGGAGUGGUCAAAUUACUAUUCCUAGAGAGCUUGAACUCACAGAAGGUUUAAGAAUCCUACAAAAACCUGUUAAAGAGCUUGAUGCUGCACGUGGUCCAAAAUUACGAUCUGGAAAGGCUAAAGCCGGUUACACCCUGGGAUUAGAAGCCGCGGCUGCUGACAUACGAGUAACGGCGCCAAGACUGCAAGAUUUUGAGCUACUUUUGGAAUCUGAUGAUUCUACUCUUUCAAUCAAAUAUGACUACAAGAGAGGUACAGUCACACUGGAUCGUGGAGGUGACGAUGGUGUUCGCAGAACAAAGUGGAGGCCUGAAGGUAACCUUGUCUGGCAGGUCUUGGUAGAUUCGAGCUCCGUUGAACUGUUCUGUGGAAAAGGUGAAGUCACUUUCUCCAGUAGAUUCUUCCCUAGCGGUGGAUUGAAAAUCAGGUUAGGUGAUGGUUCUAAUGCUGAUGAUCUCAUAGUUUACAAAAUGCUUCGUACGAUUAAAGCACCCGGUGACAACUGAAUUGUAACAAACCCGAAAUCCCAAUUUUAAUGACUAUUGUGAUUUUGGUCAAUUUUGCAAAAUUAUAUAGAAACCUAAGAUUGUCAUCAUUACAUGUCUAUUAUGUAUUUAUCACUGUGUUAAAGAUUCGCUUUUAUAGAUUUUUCUUAUUAUUUUCUGUAUAGUUUGUAUUGCCACGUCUUAUUGCUGUAUCACAACUGUCAUUAAAAAAACAAAACGUUUA